UGACGUGUGCCAAGGUAAGCAAGAUAAAUUGUUGAGCAAAGUGCACCUGCAAUUGAAUGCUGCUGAUUUUCACCGAACAGCAGGCUGGGGAGAGCACACUUGCAGAAGCAUUGAUCUCUGGGGGUUCUGAAAGCUGGAAAAAGCACAAAUCCCAAAAUUCAUACCAUGAAGAGCUCCAGACAUCUCUUCUAUCUUCUCUUCUUUCGUGCUGCUCUCAGCCUGGAACGUAUCCGGUGGUGCACGGUCUCCGAGCAGGAACUUUCCAAGUGUAAUGACAUGAGUAAGGCCUUUGGUGGGGCUGGCAUCCUUCCCCCUCUGGAGUGUACAGAGGGGGGGUCAGCUGCUAACUGUACCCAGAUGAUCAAGGAUGAUUUGGCAGAUGCAGUGACGCUGGAUGGCCGUUUGAUUUACCAGGCUGGAAAGGAGCAUGGUCUGAAACCUGUGGUUGGGGAAGUAUAUGAUCAAGAAAUUGGAACUUCCUAUUACGCGGUGGCUGUGGUAAGGAAGAGCUCCAGCAUCACCAUCAACAGCUUGAAGGGUGUCAGUUCAUGUCACACAGGCAUCAACAGAACUGCAGGCUGGGAUGUGCCUGUGGGUUAUCUCAUUGACAGUGGGCGCCUGGCAGCAAUGGGAUGUGACUUUCCAAAAGCUGUAAGUGACUAUUUCAGUGCAAGCUGCAUUCCUGGAGCAAAUGGCGUAAGCUACCCCAAAUCCCUCUGUCAGCUCUGCAAAGGGGAUUCAGCUGGACAGAACAAAUGCGUACGAAAUUCUCAAGAGCGAUACUAUGACUACAGUGGGGCUUUUAGGUGUUUGGCUGAAGGUGCCGGAGAAGUCGCUUUUGUGAAGCACAGCACAGUGCCUGAAAAUACAGAUGGAAGAAGUCUUUCUUCGUGGGCCCAGCAGCUUCGCUCCCGCGACUUCCAGCUUCUGUGCCGCGACGGCAACACAGCUGAUGUGACAGAGUGGAGAACCUGCCACCUGGCCCGAAUCCCAGCUCGUGCCGUGGUUGUGCGGCCUGACACAGACGGGACAGUUGUCUUCCAGCUCCUCAACCAGGGACAACAAAGAUUUAAUGGGGUAGACAGCAAGUUUCAGAUGUUUGACUCCACAGCCUAUGGUGCCCAGAAUCUUCUGUUCAAAGACUCCACAACAGAGCUCGUUGCAAUCACCACUCAGAAUUACGAGGCGUGGCUGGGUGAUGAGUAUCUUCAUGCCAUGCAAGCCCUGAGCUGCGACCCCAACAUGUUGCCAGAAAGGCUGAACUGGUGUGUUGUAUCCACUGAGGAGAUCUGGAAAUGUGGUGAAAUGGGCAUUGCCUUUAAUAAAAAGAAUCUGAAACCAGCAAUUCAGUGUGUUUCAGCAAAGUCAAAGGAACAGUGCAUGGAGCUGAUCCAGAAGAAGGAAAGUGAUGUUGUAGUUCUGGGUGGAGCUGAUAUUUACACAGCUGGGAAGACAUAUGGCCUUGUACCAGCUGCUGGAGAAAGUUACUCUGCUGAUGACAACAGCAGUGCAUACUAUGCUGUGGCAUUAGUGAAACGGAAUCCGUCCAAUGCAUUCACCAUCAGUGACCUGAAAGGGAAGAAGUCCUGCCACACAGGACUGGGGAGAACUGCUGGAUGGAAUAUCCCCAUUGGUAUGCUAAUUAAGAGAGGCGUUAUUAAGAACAGAGACUGUAAUAUUCCUAAAGCUGUGAGUGAGUUUUUCUCCGCCAGCUGCGUGCCUUCAGCUAAGCCAGAAAAUUCCCCACCAAAACUCUGCCAACUGUGUAUUGGAGAUGAUCAUGGAAACAAUAACUGCAGUGCAAGUAGCCAAGAACGUUAUUACAGCUACAGUGGAGCCUUCAGGUGCCUGGCACAGGACUCUGGGGAUGUGGCCUUUGUCAAGCACUCGACAGUGUUUGAGAACACAGAUGGUAAAAAUACUGAUAGUUGGGCCCAAAACCUGAAGUCCAGUGAUUUCCAGUUGCUGUGUCCAAAUGGUGCCCGUGCUGAAGUGACCCAGUUUGCUGAGUGUCACCUGGCUCAGGUGCCAGCUCAGGCCAUUAUGGUUCACCCAGAUACCAGCGUUUUUGCUGUAUACGGACUACUGGACAAAGCCCAGGACUACUUUGGACAUAACAAUGGAAAUGGAUUCAAAAUGUUUGAUUCUUCAACUUUUCAAGGAAAAAACCUGAUCUUUAAGGACUCUGCUGUUGAGAUCGUGCCAGUAGGAGAGAGAAGGACAUAUGCAGAAUGGCUGGGGAGUGAAUAUAUUGAGUCCCUUGAAGGGAUACAAACACCUCAGUGCUCUGGGGCAGGUAAUAAGAUAAGACAAUACCUACUCAUGACUACUGUCGUUCCCCUUCUUACUGUAUGUCAGGUACAAGGCUUGGACUAG